AUGGCCUCACUCUUCCGCCGUCUCAUUCCCUCACGGGUCGCAAACUCAGGCUCCCAACAGCGCGACCACCACGCCAACGAGCGCACUUUCCUCUCAUGGACUCGAGCAGGUCUUGGCUUCGGCCUCAUGGCCCUCGCGCUAGACCGCCUAGAAGCCGUCGACCACCUCCUCCACAAGCAACUUGCGCUUGCGGGAAAGGAGCCGCAGACCAAAGCGAUCGCGAAGCGCGGGGAAAGUCCUGAGAUUCUCGUCAUGUUGAAGGAACAUGUCACCGCGUCGAGAAUUUGUCAGUCUUUGGGUGCUUGGUGUUUGGGAUAUGGAUUUUUCCGCUAUUGGUCUAUACGCCGGUAUUUAAUGGUUGGUCAGUUUGUGCCUGCUAUUUGGGGACCGGUUUUUAUGGCGGUGGGUAGUUUUGGAACGCUGGUGACCUUGGGAACGCAGAUUAAGCUCAAGGUUCCUGCGGAGCAUUGA